UGAUUGUGACAGAGACGAUGGCGGCUACAGCCGAGUGUAACAGUGUUUGUGGUUGUGCAAAGGAGAAGGUCGCAGAGUGUUGGUACAUUGUCUUGUUGAAGAACGAGGCCAGAGGAAUGAUCUUCGACGUAAAAGAGAUUGCGGACGGACAGGAAGUUGUAGCAGUAAAAACUAAGGUAGGGGAAAUUACAGUUAGGGAAACUGUUGUACUGAAAACUGCAGCAGUGGAAACCGCAGCAGUAGAAACUGCGGCAGUGGAAACUGUAGCAGUGGACACUGCAGCAGUGGAAACCGCAACAGUGGAAACUGCAGGAGUGGAAACUGCAGCAGUGGAAACUGCAGGAGUGGAAACUGCAGCAGUGGAAACUGCGGUAGCAGCAGAUGAGCAAGCAGGGGCAGGACGAGAGCGUUGUUGCGGCGAAGAGGAAAUUGGAUGAUACAAGGACAUCACAGCAUGUGACAGAACCACUGCGAGAGACGCGUCACAUGCAUAGGACAG